AUGGCUCUGAGUAGAAAGGCAGUUUCUCUUGUUUUUGCUUUUCUCUUCAUUUUGGCUCAAUUUCCACUAGGGGGCCAGGCAGGACUUGAAUAUUCCCAGCCAUUUCCAGGAGGUGAGUUUGUUGCAUGUAAACCAUGCAGGCUUGGUCGGGGCAGAUGCAGAAGGUAUUGCCAUGAGGAUGAGAAAGCUGAUGGAAAUUGCAGGCUGAACUUCUUCUGUUGCCGACCAAGGAUCCAAAAAGCCAAAUGA